UAUGACAGUUGACAUUGACAACGAUAGGUGGUGGCCAGCCAGCUGGUCGUAGUUUGUUUGUUGUAUUUUUGACGUCAUUCGCGUAAACACAGUUACACAGUGCAGUUGUAAUAUUCAAAAAUGCCAGAUAGCCCCAAAAAAGAAGCUCCAAAAUGGCACCACCCAUCAGAAGUAAUGAAAUUACACAAACUCAAAAUGAAAAAGAAGGCUCUUCAAGCGCGAAUGUCCGGCAGUCUGUUAAAGAAAUCAGCCACAAAUUCACAAACUGACAAAAACACAGCCCUAGAAGACAUAAUUGCAGCGAAGAAACGAAAAAACCCAUUUAUUAAAGUUGAUGAUACCAAAAAGUACAAACAAAACGUGCCUCCUAUUCUAGAAGAAUCUUCAGAUCAGACUCUCUUCAAACUUCUUCAUCAAAGCGCCCCAAGUACAUCAUACGCUAAAACAACGGUAACAUCUUUUGAAAAUAUUUUAAACAAAGACAAUGAUGACGAAGUGCUUGUGGUUAAAGCCAAAGGCGAAACGAACAUCCCAAUGGAUUGGUCGCUCAAAACGAAAAUACGAUUAUGGUCAGAUUUGCCGUUUUCGUGGAGUUCGAAGCUAAAAAUAAAUGAAGAAGCAUCAGGUACAACCGGAUUUGUAAGAUGUUUAGGCCAAAGCUCUGCUACAAAUUUAGACACAUCACCGAAUUCAAAGUUUCAUCAGUGUUGCCAGUACUGGCAGCAGCCCUCACUGCCAUGGCUUUCGUUAUUUCCGCGAACUUCUGGGAAGGUUUCGGAGUCAGAUGGGAGCUUAAUUACUAAUCCAACAGUCAAAGCUAGUAUGCAGGACGCUUGGAAAGACAGUUUGCGAUCACUGUUUCAGCUUUUGAGGACAAAACAGUGUCCGUAUUUUUAUGUGUGUUCUAAUAAUUUUACCGUGUUGUUUCGGGCAGCUGGAAUCUGUGGCAUGGCUGAUGUUCAUGUAUUAAUUACGCCAACAACUAGAGGUUUUCGAUAUAUGCUUAAACAAGAAGAAAUUGAGUUCACUAUGCCUUUGAAGAAAAAAAGAAAUUCUGAUCAGGGGUAUGAAACAUUAGAUUCAGGAGUGGGGGAAUCAGCGGGGGAUAGCGCUUUUGAUGAAGAGGAGUCUCCAGAUGAGCAGUGGCUUCAGAGUAUGGGGGUUAACGCGGAUGAUAUUAAACAAAUUAAUUAUACUCAGGCAAAAAUUGUCCACAAGACUGAAUGUGAAGUGGAUAACAGUGAACAAAGUCUGGUUUUAAUAGAAGGUGUUGAAGUCCACUCUUUCUAUAAUUUUUUAAUCAACUGUAAAAGUGCUACAUCAACGACAGGGACGUUAGCUGGAGUUCCUCCUACUCUUUUAGCGCCAGUUGCAUUUAAUGGAGCAACACUAAAAUCUCUUAAAAUCAGGGAAAGUAAAAUUCAUGUUGAUAAUUCGGAUUAUCAUUCCCUUGAAAUAGCAGGACCAAUACUGCCAAACACCAUUCACAAUUUGUUUGCGAUUAACCCUCCGACACAUAGUAUGAGUGGUACAUUUGUCAGUGUACCAUCUACACUUCCUUUUAGCAAAGUACUAGGAAAAAGUGAUAAUGACGACGCGUCAAAACGAAACGUUAUUUUUGAUAAGGAAAAUUUAUCAGAUUGUGGUUUAAGUAGUCAAAUUCUUGAACAAUUUUGCAAGUCUGACGUUUGUGUUACAAACGUUGAAUGUUUGAAGUAUAGUAGUGAUAACAAAACAUAUACAUGGACGUGAUUUUAAUUUAUAAUUAAUUUAUUUAAUAUUUUAAUAAAGAACAUUUUU